AUGCCGCAAACCGACCCCAACGCGAUGAACGCGGCUCUCUGGGCCGAUGUCAGCCUCUGGCUGACGUACCUGUGGAUUUAUUUCCCCCUGAUCAUCAUCUUCGCGUUCAGCAUUCUGAUCGCCCACGGGCUCAUCCCGUCGGGCGUGCGGACGGGAACCUACCCGGCUGUUCUCGCGCGUUUGCGAUUACCCCUUACCGUGGUCGGCGUCGCCGCGCUGGCGGGAGCCGUGUUCAUGAUGAUUUUGACCGUCAUGCAGUCACCGAUGACGCUGCAGAACGUCUGGGAACGCCUCUUUGUAUAA